AUGAACAUUUUGUUUACUUUGAAGGAUAUUUUCCCCAGACGUAAAAGCAGAAUCAAUCGACUAUCAGCAGUUAUGACUCCACUGUGAAGGACUUUGAAUAAAUCCACUAUUACAACAUGACAUGAUUUGCAAACAAGAUGAAGCAAUCAGCCAAAUUGAAAACCAGCUUAUACAGAAGGCUUAUAUGAGAAUAAGCCGAAUAUGAGGAUUUCUAAUCAGCUUUUUAAUCAAUGAAGAGCGUUUGAGAUGGCUUCCGCAAUUUUUUCAUGCUUAGGAAUUAUAUCGUCAUCAAUUGAUUAUGAGAUGAGGUAUUCUCCGUACCGAACUCAUGAUAAUUGUGAAGAAGAAAGCUCAGUGUCCGAUUUUUGAAAAACUUUUACGCUGUUUUCUACAAUCGCUUCAAUGGUUUUUUUAUUAAUGCGAGAUCAUAGCAAAUCUCUUUGAGAAAGGUAUCUUAUCAAGAUUGAGCCACAUAUCAUAAUUAAGCUGGGGAAUUUCCCGGUGAAAAUUGCAAAAAUUCAGAAGAAGUGCUGGAAUUUUCAUAGGUUUCUUGAUAUUUUUCUCCUGUGUAUAUUCACAUACCCACAUAUGAAUAUUAAAAUAGACAUCCCUUAUAGGUAUAAUUUUAGAACUAUUGAUACUUGUUAUAAUUUGAACGAAAUUCUAUAUUACAUAAUGUUUUUUCGAAUUAUACGAUUGUAUAAAGCGAUUAUGAGCUUUACUCCUUACCAAAACUAUAUCGCACGAAGCUUUUGUUUAAGGCAAAACACAAGUGCAAAUGCAAGAUUUGCAUUCCGAUGCAUGAUUUUUCAGCAUCCUACAAAAGUUGUUUUAUUUUUACUUUUAAUCCCGUCAAUCAUUAUUUUUGGUUUAAUGCUGAGGAUUUUUGAAAGGCCGCUUUAUGAUUUAACAGGAAAAGACUUUACAGAUCCAACAAAUAGCAUGUGAUUGGUUUUUUCAUCAUUGGCGAUGAUUGGAUAUGGCGAUUAUUUUCCAUCUUCUAUUUUUGGGAGAGUUACAGUUGCAUUUUGCUGAAUCACAGGAGCUAUUGCGGUAUCAUUAGUUUUGCUAAACGCUGAAAAAAGAGGCCAGUUUUCAAAAGGGCAGAGUGAGGCAUUUAGUUUAAUUUUUUUAUCAAAAUCAGCAGCUAAGGUUGUACAAAUGGCCAUAAAAUAUUAUACUUGUAAAAAGAAACAUGGGAGUACCAGCUAUUUCUCAAAAAGAGCUUACAAAGCUUUAGAAGAUGCUAUUAAUAGGUUUAAAAAGAAUAAGCUAGAAUUAACAGAGCUAAUUAUGAAGAAGCAGCAGAUGCUAGUCGAGGCUAAAAGAAGAGUGAAAGCUCUUGAAAAAAAGAUGAGCGCAAUGGAAAAACUCUACACAAAGCUUUUUACACAUAUAAAAUGGAAAUUAAUUGCCAAGAACAGUAAAAAAUAUUAA